AUGUUGCAGGCCAACAAGGCCUCCGUGUUGACUGGCUUUCAUAUGGGGAGCAUGAAAGUCCAGUAUAUGGAAGUCGAAUACUUAAUUAUGGUCAUGAAUAAAACCACAUCCCUCGCUUCUCUUCUCUCGGGCUUUGCCGCUUCGACCUUCUUGCAAUCCACAGGUCUUCAAAAAGGAGAAUCCUGGAUCAAGCUCAUCUACGUCCUCUUCACAUCUAGUGCCGUGGGCUUCAUGCUUCUGGUUCUUUUGAUUUGCACACUCUGUACCAUGUGGGGGCCUGGUCUGGCUCUGCGUGGCCCUAAAGAUGAGUCUCUGCAAAGGGCUGUGGAUAUUAUGGAUUCUUCAGUUCAAGCGGCAUUCAGGCUGUUCAGCAUUGGCUUGGCGUGCUACCUGUUUUCCUCCAUUCUCUCUAUGGUUCUCCUCCAGCCGAGCCUGUCGAGUUUGGUGUCUGUCGCGAUCAUCUCUGUGGGCGGCGUGUUCAUCUGUCGAGCCGGUUUCCACGUUGUCGAGCACUUGUCUCCGAGUUAUGUGACACCUGCCACCAUCCGAGGGGACCCGCUGUUUUCUGCUGCCCGAGCGGAAGGCGAGAAGACUGCGGGAGUCGGUGGAUUCGUAUCUGCACUUCCUGCGUGGCCGCACGUCAAGCUCGGUGAAUGCGACACUGGCUAUCGUUGUCCACCGAGUCCCUCGCUGUUGCGUGACCGCGACUUCGACGACUCACCGGGCUUGGAUAUCAGCAACCUGCAUCUGGGCCGACCAUCUGCAAACGUGCCGGCGCUCCAGUCGCGUGUGGGAAAUCGUCUGUACGGGGGGGGGGAGGGAGGGACAAACAGGGGGCUUAAUCUGUCCCCUUCUCUCUGUCAUUCUUAG